AACCCAACGGAAGAUAGACAAGUCACGAGUCACGAGUGGAUAACAGUCAGUCCCAGCUCAACUCUCACUCCCACUCUCUGUCUCUGUAAAAAUGGCAACGUUCACAACCACAAUACCACCCUCAUCUCUCUCAUUCUUCUCCUCCUCCAUCUUCCUUCCAAAACUUUCUUCUUCUUCUUCUUUAACCUUCAGACCCAAUUCCCUCAAAACCCAAACCAAACCCCUCUCAGUCACCUCUGAGCUCGCCACCAUCCCAGUCCUCUCCUUCACCGGCGACAAAAUCGGAGAGACCCAACUCGAAAUCAAGGCCGCCCCACCCGACACCGCCCGCGCCGUCGUUCACCGAGGCAUCAUCACUGACCUCCAGAACAAGCGCCGCGGCACCGCCUCCACCCUCACCCGCGCCGAAGUCCGAGGCGGCGGCAAAAAGCCCUACCCACAAAAAAAGACGGGCCGGGCCCGCCGCGGUUCGACCCGGACCCCGCUCAGGCCCGGCGGAGGCGUGGUAUUUGGGCCUAAGCCCAGAGACUGGACCAUCAAAAUCAACAGGAAGGAGAAGAGGUUAGCGAUAUCGACCGCGAUCGCAAGCGCUUUAAUCAACACGAUUGUGGUGGAGGAUUUCAUGAACAAGUUCGAGGGGAAGCCGAAGACGAAGGAGUUUAUUGCGGCAAUGAGGAGGUGGGGGCUUGAUCCGAAGGAGAAGUCGCUGUUUUUGAUGGGAGAAGAGGAGGUUUCGGAUAAUGUGAGGCUUUCGAGCCGGAAUAUCGGGACGCUGAAGAUGUUGACGCCGAGGACUUUGAAUUUGUUCGACAUUUUGAAUGCGGAUAAGCUUGUGUUGACGCCUGCGGCGGUGGAGUAUUUGAAUGCCAGAUAUGGUGUUAAUAAUAGUGCCUAUGAUGAUGAUGAUGAGGAAGAAGAAGAAGAAGAACAAGAAGAGUAUGAAGGAGAAGGAGAAGGAGAAGAAGGACAAGGAACAGAGGCAGAUGAAAAUACUAAUGCAUGACCCGCUUAUUCCUUGAUUGACCUAGGACCAAUCCCAUAUCAAUCCGGCUAACCCUGAAGGGGGAUUCUGCCCUUUAUGUUGCAGUUGCCAUCUUAUCAGUUAUCAUAUUGCUGGCUGAUUUUGGUAAAUUUUCUGUGCAUGAUUUUUGUAUUAAUUUCCACAUUCCUUUAAUACAAUUGUGUCUAUUUGGAUCUUGUACCUUGCUGUAUCUCCAGAAUGUUGCUUCCUGGCUCAACUCUCCUCCCUUGGUAGGAUAUAUAAUCUACGGGUACACUCUUGGGCUA